GUGAAUGCGUGUAUUAAAGUAUUAAAUAUAAGUGUACUACUCAUCUUAUGGUAGUAUACUUAUAUAUUAUAUACUAUAAACAAAUUAACAUAUUUGUUUGGAUUUAAUAUUUCUUACAUUUUUAAGAUGAAACGUGGUAGUCAUUUUGUAGAUAUGGGUAACCUCCACCGCAACCAAAAGAAGGAGAUUGUGAGGACUCAUCCUAGUUCACGCAAAGGUAAAGGACGAGCCAGGUCUCCUUCCCAAAGACGAGAUGAUUUUGAAACGGAUUACCAACGAAGAGAUGCGGAUGCGAUGUCCGACGAGCAACUAACCCAACUAUUGGCCCAACAAGAUGGCGCUUUUACCAAUAACGUGACAUCACCGACAUUGACGAAGAGCUCGAGGAUGAGGAUGCGGAGGAGGAGGAUCCGGCGACGGCUGAGGCUGAGGGUCACGGCACCCUGAACAAUGAGGAAGAGGUCGAGGACGAGGCUGGUUCAUCCAAACCGGUAAGAAAGGUAAAUUUUUAGUUAUGAAAAAUAAUUUUGUUAAGUGGAAUGACCCACAAACCGAG